ACCUUCCGACUAUCCAUGGACCUUCCGACUAUCCAUGGACCUUCCGACUGUCCAUGGACCUUCCGACUGUCCAUGGACCUUCCGACUGUCCAUGGACCUUCCGACUGUUUAUGGACCUUCCGACUGUCCAUGGACCUUCCGACUGUCCAUGGACCUUCCGACUGUCCAUGGACCUUCCGGCUGUCCAUGGACCUUCCGACUGUCCAUGGACCUUCCGACUGUCCAUGGACAUUCCGACUGUCCAUGGACCUUCCGACUGUCCAUGGACCUUCCGACUGUCCUUGGUCUUCCACUCACUCUCCCACACGCGCACCGAUCGUCCUAUUCAAAAGAAUUCUCGGAAAUACUCUAGAAAGAAUUCUCAGAAAAAUUCCUGAUAAGAAUUCUCAGAAAAAUUCCUGAUAAGAAUUCUCAGAAAAGUUAACAAAAAAAAAGUUACAGACAGACAGACAUACAGACAGACAGGGUUGAAAGGCGACGGAAAAAUGGAAGUCCAUUUUUUCCACUUUUCUCGACGUUUCAUGCUAUUUUAAGCAUAUUUAAGCAAAAAAAAUUUUCCAAAAAAAAAUGUCGAAUACAAUACGGUGACCUCACCAAAGGUGGGCCUCCGUAAAAAAAGAAAAAAAAACCGACACAGCGAUGAUAGAUAAGUUUCCAUUUCCGAUAUGGGAAAACUU